AUUUAGCCUUGCAAGGGGGGGGCCUGUCAUCAUUUCCUUGAUGACCGCCUGAGGCUCAGAGAGGUUACAUGAUUUGUCCAAGGUAGCACAGCGAUUAGAGGGAGACGCUGGCGUUGAACCAGGUUUCUCUGAAGCCCCACCUUUCCCCACCCUCUCAGGUGGAGAGGAUGUCUAGUUUCUGACCUCAGACAUCGCUUCAGGAAAUCCUGUCCGUAGCUUCAGAGCUCAGCAAUCUCUGGCAGGUAUGGCUGACCAGUUCCCCGCAUAGCUGGCUGAGAUCCAGUUAUAUCCUCAGGACCACAGAGCCCCGGCCUCCCACUUAGGUCUCCUGCUGCCCACGCUCCUGCCUUGAUCUGCAGCCUGAUAAAGGCUGGGCCGCAGGCAGCAGGGCUCAGUAUGCCUGGCUCCUUUGGUGGCCUCCCCAGAAGCCCUGUGGCCAUGACGCAGCUGCUUCUGCUGAUUGUGGCCCUCCUGGUCCUGGGUCAUGUGCCACCAGGGAGAAGUGAAUUCAAGCGGUGCUGGAAAGGCCAAGGGGCCUGCCGAACUUACUGCACGAGGCAUGAAACCUACGUGCACAUGUGCCCAGAUGCCUCCCUGUGCUGUGUCGCCUAUGGAAUCAGGCCUCCGCCCUCUAAGACUGAAUCUGUGUAGCUGGUUCUGGGCUGACACCCUUGCUCUCCAAUAAACACCUGCUGCUGCCCGUC